AAAAUGGCUCGUACUAAGCAAACUGCUCGUAAGUCCACUGGUGGUAAGGCCCCCCGUAAGCAACUCGCUACUAAGGCUGCCCGUAAGUCUGCUCCCUCAACUGGUGGUGUCAAGAAGCCUCACCGUUACAGACCCGGUACUGUCGCUCUUCGUGAAAUCCGUCGUUACCAAAAGUCUACUGAACUCUUGAUCCGUAAGCUCCCUUUCCAACGUCUUGUUCGUGAAAUCGCUCAAGACUUCAAGACUGACUUGCGUUUCCAAUCUUCUGCUAUUGGUGCUCUUCAAGAAGCCUCUGAAGCUUACUUGGUCUCUCUCUUUGAAGAUACCAACUUGGCUGCUAUCCACGCCAAGCGUGUUACUAUCCAACCCAAGGAUAUCCAAUUGGCUCGUCGUCUCCGUGGCGAACGUUCUUAAGCCACUUCAUACAACAUUCAAUUAUAAUAUGCAUUUCUUUAUUUAAUAUAUACUUUUUUUUCUGUAUUUAAGUGAUUUCCCCUUUUUCUACCCUCUCAAUUUUUUUAUACACAUUUCAUUAUUGUACAGUUUUAUAAAAUGAAUAAAAGAAUUGAACCGUAAA